CUAAAAAUGUUGCCAGGAGUAAGAUCAUCUUUGGCUAAAUUAAAUUAUUCAAUUGUUUCAAGAACUUUUUAUGCUUCAAGAGUUGUAAAGCAUGAUCCCCCAUCAUCUAAUUCUACCCCGUCAAAAGCAGAAUUACACGCAGAAAAACUCAGAAAGAAGACUCCUAUUGGUAAACUAGAUGAACAACCUACUGUUCAUCCUGCACAGGAGAAGGAACCUCUUAAACCAUUUCCAGGAGGGGUCAAUCCUAAAACAGGGGAAGUAGGGGGACCUAAAGGGCCUGAACCUACCAGGUAUGGAGACUGGGAAAGGAAAGGAAGAGUUUCUGAUUUCUAAAUAAUCCCUUGAACUAGUCAAACAGAUGCCAUUGCUUGUUUCAUGGUACAACAAAUGCAACAUGUAGUACAACAAAUACAACAUGUAGUACAAGAUGUAGUAUAUUCACGGAAAUUCACUCAGAACAUAACUCAUCUGAAAUGUAUUAUAUUGUAUAUAUUUAUGUAAAAAUAGUUAGUUUAUUUCUUAAAAAGAAAAUAAUUGUUCACCUCUGUAAAAUUUCAG